AUGGAUCAAAGUAUUGAAGCAUUACAAACAUACAAUGGUGGCAUCAUCUUUGUUAGCUAUUUGAUUGCAGUGAUUGGUGCGCUGACGACGUUGGAAUUACUACAAAGGCGCACACACAUUCGAGGAUACUACAAUUGGUUUCUACUGUUUGCUGCAGCAUGUUCAAUGGGUGGUGUUGGCAUCUGGUCAAUGCAUUUCAUUGGAAACAACAGCUUGAGAAUCACUUUGAAUAAUGGGGAUCAAUACCAACUAUCAUAUUCAGCUGGAUUUACGUUUGCUAGUCUGGUGGUGGCUAUUCUCACUAUGUUCUUAGCAUUUGCAUUUGUCGGUAUUACCGAAGAAGCGAGAAUAGCGCGAAUUAUACCUAGUGGUAUCAUAGCUGGGUUUGGUAUUGUGUCUAUGCACUAUUUAGGUCAAGUUGCGAUCGAUUUUUUUCAGAUGAGGAAUAAGAUUGCUUUUGUCAUUGGCGCUUCAAUCAUCGCAGUGUGUGCUGUUACAGCUGCUCUGUUCAUCUUCUUCAAACUGCGCGAACAGUGGGAGAACCAAUGGUACAAGCGUCUUGGGUGCGCAAUGUUAAUGGGCGUUGCGGUUUGUGGCAUGCAUUACACAGCGCUGGUAGGAACAAUGUACUACCCUGGAGACUCUCGUACCGGGCCACCUACGCCUGUGCUCCCAACAGCGGCUCUCAUUGGCAUCAUCUCGGCGAUUGUUAUAGCAGGCUGCAUCAUUUUGUUUGUUAUUGUGGCAAAAGCUAAGAUGGAGAACAGCAAACUCCCCUUUCAAAAAAAACCUCAAAAGCGACUCAUUUUGGAUACCAUAUUCUUUGAUACAAAUGGUAGAAUCCUCGUCAAAGUCGAUGGCGUGGUGCCAAUGAAGGAAAUAUUGAGCGAACUGCCUGAAAACGAUUUUCAGGAAAAUUUGACGUCGAACCAUCCACUGUUCAUACGACUAUUCGAAACUACCAUGCAAUGGUCGAGAUCAGAGAAUAAAGCGGACUAUCAGCACAGCAAUGCAGACCAUCACCUUCAAGACACUCAGCCGACGGCUAAUUUAGCUGCUUACAACGCCAUCAACGAUUCAUUCAUCCAAGCAGCACAUGAACUAGUGGAGGAAUUGCGGUUUCAACAGUUGUCAGAUCUUGGAUUUUUGUUUGAUUCUGUCAUGAAUACAAACACUAUAUCAAAAAAGAGCAUGUUUUCUCAGGAACCCAAGAAGCUACCUGUUAUUCGAAGAACGAGUAGCACAGCAUCAUGGUUACUCACAAGUUUGAAUCCAAAAGAUGCACACAAGUCCAAUGUGCAGCAGCAACAGCAACAGCAACAACAAAGACGCACAUCAUCUUACUCUGCUUCUACUCCUGAAAAUGCCACAGUCAUUGAUAUUUUCAACGCGUCUUCAGACCAAGUAUCGCCAGCAAACAAUAACUUGACUGUACGAGAUGCUAACUCUGAGGAUCGCCAUAUCUUUCUGGUCAAAAAGAUUGAUUCCAACAAGGAUCUCGUCAAUCUACUGUCGAUAGGCUUUCGAUUUGCAGAGCCUGUAUUCAUUUCAAAGACGAUGGGAGAGAAGCUCAAAGUGCCCUCAGAGUACAUGCUAAAUUACUUUCGCGAUAUGCAGCAAAUGACAGAGGCAGCAGCUACCAUGUACACCCCGAUCAAAUCAUCCGGCUACUCCAUGUACAGCUCACCUACAUUUAAAAAGCAACUCGACCUCAAAAACAGCGAAAUUCGCAGUGGCGUCUUUGUGGGUCUGUUUGCACUAGUGGAAGAUCAAGAAACCUCGAAUCAAGUGCCUUAUUUUAUUGUGGACAAGGAAAAGAGAUACACAUUCCCCAUGGUCCAACUUACAUUAGAUAACGGCAGCAAACCCACUACGCUGACUAGGCAACAAAAGAACACCAUCUUGAGUCUGAGUGGGCAAUCGCUAGCGAAUAUAUCCAGCAUAGAUUCUAAGAAUCCCAACAAGAGCAAGCAAUUCUUUGCGGAAGACGAUCACACCCAAGAUAGCAAUAACUUCUCGCCUGUGUCGACGCAGCAGAGUGUAGGAUCUGCCAGAACUUUGAUUGACACGACGUCUCUCAGCAGUAAUAAUGCAUCAUUUCCUGCAUUUGGCUCGAAUUCUAGUAGAUCUACUGUACCAACAUUGGACAUCGAAGAUGCCAAUGCGCAAUUCAUUCGGUCAUUGGAAGCUGCAGCGAAAUCAUUGAUCAGCUCAUCAAGCUAUGGCAAGCCAUUAGCUACAUCUGCAAAAUUGUAUGGCGAUGUAUUGGAUAUCCCAGCAUUUUCAUUGCGAGCAGGUCAGUGUCAACUGAUCCUGUUUAGAGCACACAUCACUACACCAGGCACGCGAUUUGCCAUCAACCAAACACUGACAGAAACCAUCAAAUGCACGCCGUUUCCCAUGUACCGCAGUUUCACACACCACAUCACUCAAAUCGCACUAGAAAAGUACCGUGCUGAAGAAAGCAGGUGCAAGACACCAGCCUCCUAUCUCACUCAACAGCGUCUUUACCAGUCCACAGCUGCUCGUAAUAAGGAUUUGCAACAAAUAGAGGAUAUCGAAGAUGCAUUGUCAGACGGCCAGACCGAGGAGGAUGAGGAUGAUAACAAACAUCAACAUGAGCACUUGAACGAACACGCGUUGACGGCAUAUCGACCUGCUCCAAAGGGAGAGCCAUCCCCGCUUCAACCACCCCCACCACAGGCGUUUUCGUCUCUUCCUCCUCCACCUCGCGUCAAGCGCAACAAAUUCGCAUUUCCUUCUAAUAUAGGCUCGCUAGACAUCAGCCAUCUCAGUAAAGACUUUUUGCCCAACAUGCUUAAAGGUGCUAAUAAUAUACCACUCAGUCCUGUUCCACCAUCGUCAGCUGGUGGUCCAGGAUCCUCUACAGAAGCGCCUAUUGUGUUAAACUUGCUGCCUGCCAAUGCUAGAUUUUGGUGGCUAAACAACAUGUAUGAAGAAACAUUCAACAUUUAG